AUGUCCACAGCACCUCCGUUCCUCCUCCACAGGACGGCGGUAGAGCUGGAGGAGCGGGGCGUGUGGGCUGGCCGCCUCGAGGCAGCCCAGCACAGGGUUGUGGCGAAGGCCCUCUCGUCGGCCCCUGCCUUUAAUGCAUGGCUACGGUGUGAAGGCCACUCGGCGACAGACACGGCUCUUGCUGUCCGUGGUGUGCUCUUUGAGCACAUGCUCGGCCUCGUCUUUCCUGGCGCAACACACUCGGUGGCCCCAGACGUGGUGGCAAAGCUCGCCGCAGAGGUCGAGCCGCACAGAGCGGCCGCCUCUGCUCGCCGUCGUGCGUCGCCGGCUCAGGACAGAUUGCGGCAUCUCAACGUUGAGGACGAUGAGGAUUUUGACGACGACGACGAUGACGAGAGCGGCGGCGACGGCGGCAUGGUGAAGGAUGAUGAUGACGACGACGACGACGACGACGACGACGACGAUGGCGAGGACGACGAGAACACAAGCGGCGGAAAGAAGCUUACCGCCGAGGGCCAGGAGGCAUGUCCGUUUGCGUGGCAGACUGUCGACCCGGUGCAGCGGAUCAUGCCGAUGGGCAUGGCGGUGCCUGGCGCGCCGCAGCUGUAUCGGCCGCCGGGCGGGCCAGAGCCGAUCAACGACGUCUACCACACGAUGGAAUACGAUCUGGAGGACUACGUGGCGUUCUACAACGAGGGAGGCCGGAUGCACAUCAAGCUCGACGACGACGAUGACAACAGCAAGGGCAAGAGCGAAGACAGUGAGGGCGAGGGCGAGGGUGGAAGCAAGGCUGCUGAGGCGGGGCCGACAGGAGCAAAGGCCAAGACAGGCAAGGCGGCGUCGCGACAGUCACGCUGGGCCAACUCGGACAUCGAGGGCAUGGAGGAGCUGUAUGGUGGCAUCGAGAAAGUGCUCAACAACCUCUCGCGCUACACCCACGCGCGGCCGUUCCUCAAGCGAGUCCGCGAAAUCGACGCGCCGGGCUACUUUGACAUCAUCAAAACCCCCAUGGACAUCGAGACCAUGUCGCGGAAGCUCGACAAGGGUGUGUAUCAGUCCAAGGCGGACUUUGUGGCCGACCUCGACCUCAUGUUUGCCAACUGCCUCGAGUACAACACCGAUCCGACGCUCAAGAUCCGGGCCGACCUCGCCAAAACCCAGGCUCGGACAGAGGUCCAGCUCGCCAAAGUGCCCGAUGUCCGGCUCCGGCCACGCGCAGUUCCAACACCGCCGCCGCCGGAGCUUGACGACGACGACCUCGUGCCGGACGAAUCGCUGCCGCGGCUCACUCGCGACUGGCGCGUGUCAACCCGCCACGCCCGUGCCCGUGCCCUUGCCUACACACUCGAGCAGCGCGAGCUCCCGUUCGAGUCACGUGAGGCGCUCAUCCGCGCUCCGAUUGCAGGCUACGCGUUCAUGGCCGAGAGCCCCGUCGACCCCGCCGCACUCGCCGCCUUUCCGGAGCUGGCCGCCGUCGACGUCUUCCCUGCCCUUCGCGGCGCCGCCGAGCUCGACGAGCGGCCGCCGCAAGCUGCGCCGAGCGUGUGGCACCCGCCGCCGAUCCCUGCCAACGACGUGACGCGCUCGAUUGCGCUUGUUGACUCGGUCCGCUCCCAGCAAGGCAAGCUUGUCCGCCAGCUGUACAUGCUCCGCAACGAGAAGCCGCCUGUCGACGACGUGCCUGCGCUUCGGCCUGCGGCACACGCCAAACUCCCAUCGCUGGCGCUCGACGCGCCGCUCUCGACGCCGGCCGCCGCUGCGGUGUCUGCACGGCUAUCGCCGGCCCUCGCGCGCACACUCACCGAGCAGUCGCUGGUGCUGCUGGCGGCGCGUGUUGGUUUUGAAGCCGUCGACAAGUCUGCGCUGGCGCUGCUUGCCGACGUGGUUGGCUCGUUCAUGGGCAAGGCGGCGCGAAUCAUGCGGACGCUCCGCGAUGCUCAUGGGCGCUCGGUCGACGACGCUCACCUCCUUCCGCUCGCCUUUCGCGUCAUGCAAGGCCCGGAUCCCGAGUCGCUGGUCAUGUUCCGGACCGAGACUAAGCUCUACACCGCGCGGCUCGAGUCGGCAUCCAACGUCUUGCGGACAACCUACCGCAGCAUCCUCGCCGACCCGACUGCAGCGCUACAGGCCGACCUCGAGACAGACUCACUUGUCUCCGGCUUUUUCGCCCGCGGCCUCGACGUCGACGUGCUCGGCCUCGGGCCCGAAGCGGCGGCCAUGGUCCACGCCAUCCUCCGCUCGCAGCCGAUGGCCUCGGUCCGGCUCACCGAACCGCCGCCGGUCAAGGCCACGUCUGCAGAGCGCUUGGCCGACUUUGGCCUCUCUGCACCGCCGCCGCUGCCUGAGCUCGACCCGUCGGCACACCCGCCGCUGCUGGCAAAUGCUCUGGCAUCCGCACUGGACGCUGCCGCGCCGUCGCGCUCGUCGCGCAAGCGCAAACGCUCGGCCUCCAAGCCUGCUCCGCCGUCGUCGCCGCUCGACCGCGACGCCGACGACGACUCGGACUUUGUCGAAGACAUGCCCGGAACCCCGAGCGAGCCUGCGACCAAGAAGAAGAAGACCGCCGCUGCUGCCGCGUCGGCCCGCGCUGCUUCCACGCCUUCGCGCCGAUCGCGCCGUCGCUGA